CCAGGACAAAAACUAUGAGCCCCCUCUCCUCCUCCAAAUGGUCUCCCUUCUAAAACCCUCUUUUUGCUCCCCAAACAGCUCCCAUGGCCUCCUCCCUCGUCCGAGCCCGCAAUUCCAUUUCAAAGCUAAGACCUUUUUUUCUUCCCACUCAUCUCCUCCCUCAGCCCCCACCUCCCCCGCUGGCGCCCCCCUUAGAGCUUGCCUUCUGCCCCCUAUAUUACCAUUUUCUCAGUUCCCAAUUUAGACUAACUUCAGUGUUCGGCUACCCGUCCCUCUAUCUCCACUCCAUCUCUUCCUCCUUCUCAUCUCUAUCGGAAGCCAAGGCUGAUCAGAAUCAGAACCCGAAACCCAAGGCUUCUCUCCAUACCCUAAAUCCAUCUGACGUCUACCGCAUGCUCCGCACCGAGGGCUCCUCCGAGAAGCUCACCCGCGUUCAAUGGGACUCCCUUGUCAAAAUCAUUCGCUCCUUUGCCAAAUCCCCCUGGGUAUCCGACCAGGCCCUCGCGGCAUACAUUCCCUCCUCCUUCUUCCCCUCCGCCGCCCGCCGCUUUCGCUACUUCUUCCUCGACCGCUGCCCUCCUCACGUCUUCCUACAACUUUCGUCACUCGGCCCCUCUCCCGAAGCAGACUGCUUUCUCCUCCCCAUCUUCAUCGACUACUGUCUUGAUGAAUUUCCCGAUGAACUCCGCAACUAUAAAUCCCUUAUGGACUCCGCCGACAUGACCGAACCUCACACUUGGUUUCCCUUCGCUCGAGCCAUGAAGCGCAAGAUCGUUUACCACUGUGGCCCAACCAACAGCGGCAAGACUUAUAACGCUCUCCAGAGUUUCAUGGAGGCUAAGAAGGGAGUCUACUGCAGUCCUCUCCGUCUUCUUGCCGUAGAAGUCUUUGACAAGGUGAAUGCUUUAGGAGUUUAUUGUAGCUUACAUACAGGUCAGGAGAAGAAAAACGUUCCCUUUUCUAAUCACGUUGCUUGUACAAUAGAAAUGGUCUCUACUGAUGAACUCUAUGACGUUGCUGUGAUUGAUGAGAUUCAAAUGAUGGCAGACAAUACGAGAGGGUAUGCCUGGACUAGGGCGCUUCUCGGUUUGAAAGCUGAUGAGAUUCACUUGUGUGGGGAUCCCAGCGUUUUGAGCAUUGUCAGGAAGAUAUGUAAGGAAACUGGGGAUGAACUCAAUAUGCAGCAUUAUGCCAGGUUCAAGCCACUGGUUGUUGAGGCAAAAACCCUUUUGGGGGACUUAAAGAACGUCCAAUCUGGAGAUUGCGUCGUGGCAUUCUCAAGGAGAGAGAUUUUUGAGGUGAAGUUAGCGAUAGAGAAGAUGACAAAGCACAAGUGCUGUGUUAUUUAUGGUGCAUUGCCGCCAGAGACAAGGCGGCAGCAGGCGAACUUGUUUAAUGAUCAGGAUAAAGAGCACGAUGUUUUGGUAGCUAGUGACGCAGUUGGAAUGGGGUUGAAUCUCAAUAUUAGAAGAGUUGUUUUCUUUUCUUUGUCAAAGUAUAAUGGUGAUAAGAUGGUGCCAGUUCCUGCCUCACAGGUUAAGCAAAUAGCUGGGCGAGCAGGCAGGAGAGGGAGUAGUUAUCCAGAUGGGUUGGUGACCACUUUCAUCUUAGAUGAUUUGGACUAUUUGAUUGAGUGUUUGAAGCAGCCAUUUACAGAGGUAGCCAAAGUUGGUCUCUUUCCUUUCUUUGAGCAGAUGGAGUUGUUUGCUGCACAAUUUGCUAAUAUCACUUUCUGCAAAUUACUGGACAAGUUUAGAGAUACAUGCCGCCUUGAUGGAUCCUACUUCCUAUGCAAGCAUGAGAAUGUGAAGAAAGUUGCCAACAUGCUGGAGAAGGUGGAGGAUUUAUCUCUUGAGGAACGCUAUAAUUUCUGUUUUGCUCCUGUGAAUAUUAGAGAUCCCAAGGCUAUGUACCAUUUGUUACGGUUUGCGCAGCACUACAGUGAAAACCGCCCUGUUGGCAUAGCAAUGGGGCUACCGAAGUGUUCUGCCAGGAAUGAUGCAGAGCUUUUGGAUCUUGAAACAAAGCACCAAGUUUUAUCUAUGUAUUUGUGGCUUUCACAUCAUUUCAAGGAGGAAACUUUUCCAUAUGUGCAGAAGGCUGAGGAAAUGGCUGUUAGCAUUGCUGAUUUACUUGGUAAGUCGCUUGCUAAUGCUUGCUGGAAGCCUGAAUCAAGAUCACAAGGGAAAACUAAAAAAAUGAAGGAAGAAGAUGGGCAGGAGGAGUCGCAGGUGAUUAGUAGAGAUGUUUAUGAGAGGCCUAGAUCGCUUGUUAAAGCAUUCGCUAAGAAGAGGCUGGAUCAGUCCACCCAGAAAAAUUGUCAAGAACUUGCAGCUUGACACUAACAUUUCUUAAACUAUAUUGUACUCUUCCAAGCCUUGAUGAGAAUCUGGACUUAUGAGCGCUUCUGGAGAAGAAAAGAAGUGUUGAACACUUUGUAGUUCUUGUUCACCCUCUUCUUUCCAGGUCAGUUACAAACUCUGUAUCUCAGAAAUAAGAGCAAUAAUUAUUCAUUAAAUUGGAGGACGACUGACACGGUAUUUUAAAAAAAAAUCUAAACUUUAUUGCUGAGCAUUAUACUGAUUUACGAAGAGUGAGGAAGUUGAUUUAGGAAUGGAUUGAGUAAGAUUAGCUUGAUAGCAUCUCUUUGUUUCAAUUAUGCUGGCUUCCUCUCUUUUUCUUUCAUUGAUUCAUAUUUUCAGUUUUUUAUAUAAUAACUAGAGAGUUUGUUAUGUAUAUUUGUUGUUUACCUUUUUGUUGCAUGUUAGAGGGGAUGGGAAAUGAGAUAUAAUUUGGAGUGUUUUGGCUGGUUCAGAAUAAAUGUGGGGUGUAUUUUUAUUUCUUUAAGAGAAUGAUAUUUAUGAGUUUUGUUGUAGACAUCAAUUUCAUAUGCUUUGAGCAUGUAUGAAAGUUAUUUAA